AUAAGCUCGACGGGAGUCCGUUUUGAGCAGAUAUACUCCAAGUUUGCUACUUGCUGUGAGACAGGUCAUAGAGAGGAUGUCAAAAACUAUUUUGAUAAAAACUGGAAGACGUGUUUGCCGAUGUGGGCAAACUUUGAGCGCAGCAAGUGUUUCAGCGCUGGAAAUACGACAACUAAUCGAAUUGAGUCGAAUUGGAACCAGCUCAAGAUGGUUCUCGGAAAGCGGACAAGUAUUGACAAGUAUGUUUCCGCACUUCUGCAGCACCAAGCGCAUGUGCUCAGCCAGAUA